AUGGAUUAUUCUGCAGCGCAGAAGAUACAUUAUGGUACUCAUAUGCUGGUUGGAGAAGCCGAUGAAUGGUGGGUUGGCACUCGUCAGAGAUUUGAAGCUAUUGGUGAGGGGAUUACUUGGGUUGUGUUCACUAGGGAGUUCUUGAGAAAGUAUUUCCCUGAGGAUGUUUGGGGAAAGAAAGAGAUGGAAUUCCUUGAGCUGAAACAAGGAAAUUCAUCUGUUGCUGUGUAUGCUGCCAAGUUUGUGGAGCUUGUGAAGUUUUAUCCAUACUAUAGUGCAGAGAUGGUUGAGUUUUUCAAGUGUAUCAAGUUUGAGAAUGGGCUGCGUCCUGAGAUCAAACGGGCAAUUAGAUAUCAAUAG